ACAGACAAUAGAAUGGAGGGUGGAACUGAAAGUAUAGCAUGUAAUUACAACGUAGAUCACUUAGCAACGUCUGACAUAAAACACAACGAAAAACGAUGGCUGGCUUGUGGUUUUAAUCAGUUUGGUCAGUUAAGCAAAUUUCAUGACGAACGGAUAAUACGAUAUUUUAAAGAAAUUGAUGUCAGAGCCACACACUUAAUAUCUUCAUGGAGCUAUGUGGCGGCCGCCAAUGGAUGCUCCCUACAAAUAAGGGGUUUAAUUAACAGCCGAACAAAAAGUGAGAAACUUAUAAAAGCUGAAAAUGAAAUAAAAUGUUUAGCUGGUUGUGAUAGAUACUGCUUAAUUUUAUUAAAUAACGGGACGGUAUAUAAAUAUGGAAUUCAGUGCGAAGAUGGUUUGAAAGAAGUCAUAUUCCAAAGCAAUGAGAGUUUUACACCAAAAAAUAAAUCUAUCUUUGGAAAGACGACAUCAGCCUGCGCUUCAAAAGUUAAAAUAGAGAAAAUAGCGUGUGGAAACAAUAUUAUGAUAGCUUUAGGCUUGUCUAAUGAAGUAUUUACAGGCACUACCCAGGUGCAUUGUUUUCCUAAGCACGUUAGGUCCAAACAAUUGGUAUGUGGUUUUGAACAUGCCCUGAUGUUGACUCACAAUGGAGAUAUUUACGCAUGGGGUAAUGGAUUACGAGGUCAAUUGGGACUGGGUGUUAUAGGAGUUGAGGAGAAACCCGUACUCAUAGAAGCAAUAGCAGGAAUAAAGAUAAUAUGCAUAGCAGCAGCAGGAUGGCACAGUGCUGCCAUAUCAGCAUUCGGUGAUAUUUACACAUGGGGAUUCAAUUCGAAUGGUCAACUUGGAAUAAAAAUGUAUAAGAAUUGUACAAUUAAAGAACCCGCCAUAUACGUCGUGCCACAAGUAGUUGAUAUAAUGGAAUUAACAUGUUGCGACAACAAGGAACAAGAUUGUUUUCCAACUAAAAUAGCAACUGGAGCCAGACAUACAAUGGUGGAAAUGAAUUGUGGUGCUGUAUAUGCUGCAGGUUGGAAUGCAUAUGGGCAGUUGGGUUUACCAAACAACGAGUUAUAUACUGAUCAUUUUCAAUAUGUGCUAAAAUUCAAAAAUUGUAAAGACAAUGUGGAGAUUGUAAGUGGGUCAUGGAAUACAUUGAUUGGAACGCGUGAGUCAAGCAAAAGGGAAAUUAAUGAGAAUAUAUAGUAGAUUUAUAGCCUGUUCACCAAAUUUAUUUUUCUUCCAAUUGUAAGGCGAAUGGCAGACAAAUAGAAUUUUUGGUUUCGGUACGUAAAUAAACAAAAAGAGCUUUUUCUAUAGGCAAAUUUUAAUUCACCUAACUCCAACACAAACAAAACUAUAUGCCAAAGUAGACAAUCAAAAAAUAUCAAUCGUUCACUCAUAAAAAGUCAGCAAAGUAAACUAUUUUGUUUGAAAAUUGAUAUUUCACACAAAAUGUAUGGUUAAUUUCAUCCGCUGUGCUGUGUCGAUUCCAAUAUGUGCGCUUCUUCGCUGUUCUCAACUCUAACCCCACGCAAAAUUAGGCGCAAAUUGGUAUAUAAUUAUGACCUGAGAGACUACAAAAUCUAAAAAAUUUUUUUUGGUUCAUUUCAAGACCUAAAGGUUUUUAUUCUGACCCGACUUAACGCAAAAUUUCGUGAGGUUUGAGUCAUAACUGUUACCUUUAGCGCGAUUACAAAUAAAAAAGGGACAGACGGACACACAUAGUUAAAUCGACCCAGCUCGGCGACCAAUAUUUCGAGGUGGGUUGAUAUUUCCGCCACCACCAUUUACACUUUUAUUUGAAAUGGAGAAUCCAAAAAAAAAAAAAAAUGCAAAAUCCUCAAUCCCCAUUGAAAUUAUGGGGAUUAUGACCUUUUUUUCGGUGAUAAUACCCAUAAUCCAAAUAAUAAAGUAUGACCGUUUGCUGUGUGGACUACGUACAAAAAUAAUUAAUUUUAGAAAUCUUUGAUUCUGUGUUGGAAGCGUACACUAUCCCCACAUUAUUAUUAUGACCAAAAACAAACCGGGCAUAAUCCCCAUAAUUGCAAUGGUGUUUAUGUCCGGGCACCGACACGCCACGACUAAAACCAACGGACGUAAUAAUUUAAAAAAAAAUAUAUUAAACAAAUUUUCUUUUUGGAAACAUCAACAAUUUUUUGACAGUGGGGCAAUGGGUACAAUGAGCUUUUACUCCCAGACGAAAAAAGUAAAUAAACUGAAAUAAAAACUUGAUUGUCUGGGUAUCAAUUGCUUGUCUGCCUUAAACAAACCCAACAUACCAAAAUGGCUUGAGAAUAAUAUUACAAUAAGCUUAUGAACAUAAGCCUUACAGCCUGUUCCACGAUGUCGAAAGAACACGUUCGCACAACUUUUACACGACAAACAGCUGAUUUCCGUUCCACUAAAAUCCAUCAGAACGAAAAUUUGCACGAAAAUCAAAGCGAACGAAAACGUAAGCGUUUCAGUGUAAUUUUGCGUUCCACUAUCUUUUUUCUUUCGUACGCAUGCGAACACAAAUGUCAAAAUCAGUCACUUGUGUGUUUUCUGUCGAAUGAUAAAAAUUAAGGAAAAUUGUUUUAACAUAAACAUUCCUUGAUUGAAAAUGGAAAGAAAAAUCACGAAAAAACUACACAGCUGCGGGCACUAGUUGAGUAUAUGGGGGAGAAUCCUAAGUUCGGCAGAGGAGUGCCAAUUUUUGGAAGCAGCAGGCAAUCCCAUGAAGACCACUGGAAGACCCAAACCUAGAAAAAAUCAUUUUUUUAUUAUUUCAAAAAUGUAAAAAUACAAUCAUACUUACUGGUUGUUAGGUACUUCAAAUAAAUUCGAAGCAUCUCUUAAA